AUUUCUGUAGAGGAGUUCUAUUUUCUUCUGGAGAGGGUUACUCCUCACAUUGUGAAGCAGGAUACUCACCUCAGGAAGGCCAUCAGCCCUAAGGAGAGGCUUUCUGUUACCCUUAGAUUUUUGGCAACAGGCGAGACCUUCAACUCGUUGAGUUUCCAGUAUAGGAUUGGAAGCACCACACUGAGCAGGAUCGUCAUGGAAACAUGCACAGCCCUUACCUCUGUGUUGCGUGAAGAUUACUUGAAGACACCAUCAACUGAUGCCGAAUGGAAGGCCAUUGCCAGCGACUUUUACCAUAAGUGGCAGUUUCCCCAAUGCUUGGGGGCUAUAGAUGGCAAACACAUUUUCAUCCAACCCCCUGCCAAGAGCGGAAGCCUGUUCUACAACUACAAGUCACGAUUUUCCAUCAUUCUCAUGGCUGUAGUGGAUGCUAAUUACAAGUUCGUCUACGCGUCCGCAGGGACACAGGGAAGGGUGUCAGACGCAGGAGUGUUUGCGCAUUCGGACCUGAGGGAGGCGAUGGAUAAAGGCACCCUGAACUUCCCCCCUGUGGAAACCCUGCCAGGCACUGACGCUGUGAUGCCAUAUGUGCUGGUUGGUGAUGAGGCUUAUCCUCUCCGCCCUGACCUCAUGAAGCCAUUCCCCCACAGAAACCUCAACACCAACCAACGCAUCUACAACUACCGCCUGUCCAGAGCACGACGUGUGGUAGAAAAUGCAUUCGGAAUUCUGUCAAACCGCUUCAGAGUUUUCAGAACCACAAUCUGCCUGGAACCUGACAAGGUUGUGAAGAUUGUCUUUGCCUGCAUGUGUCUUCACAAUUUCCUGCGGCAACGCAGAUCAGAUGCCUAUGUACCACCUGGGUAUGUAGACACAGAAGAUGCCAACCACAGGCUCAUUGAAGGAGCAUGGAGACGGGAGGGAGGUCUUCAGUCAGUUGCGAUGGGACGAGCAAGAAACCCUUCAGUGGAAGCGAAAAUGCAGCGGGACCUCCUUUGCAGCUACUUUCAGACACCUGCAGGGAGUGUGUCUUGGCAAGAAGGCAUGGUGUAGGAGAUGAGACAACCAAAUUGUCUGAGAAAAGUUACCAAGUCAUUAUUUUUGUGUUAUUAUAAAAUGACAGUUCACUUCUGUAUUUGAAGAAACAUUACUCUUUGUUUAUUGAACAUGUAUAAAAACUAUGUACAGAAACAUUAAA